GCUGUGCCUCGAUCUCUGCUAUCAAGUAUCGCUCUCCCGUCCUCCGCCGCAUCACUCAUGGAGAACAUGGCUACCUCAGGAGCUCCGUCGCGAGAUGAGAUCAGAAGUCGGAAACGAGCCAUGCGAAUCGACUUGGAUCAAGGCGCGACGGAACUCUCCGCGAAGAAUAUGAGAUUUCACUUCGCCACCGCCCGGCCGAUGACGACUGUGACUGUAUUGGAGACACCCGAUCUCGAAAAAGUCCUCAUCACCAGUCCUCAGCUCGAGGCAAUCCUACACCGGGGUUUCGAUGAGCUCGGGCUUAAUUUCUUGAAGUCACCUGUUCCUUUAAGUUUGACUCCACUCGGGGAACCAGAUCCCGUCAGAGUUCAAGUGAGAGCACCAGCGACAGUCUCGGCGGCGGCGACCACACCGCGAACAUCCACAGCGGCAGCAUGGGCCUCACCGUGGGCAUCGGGAGCACUGCGAAUCAGUGUAGUACCGCAGGCUCCGGAAGUACCGCAGGCUCCGGUAGUACCGCAGGCUCCGGUAGUACCGCAGGCUCCAGUUGUACCGCAGGCAUCGGCGGCCCCGCAGGCAGCAUUGACAGCUUUCGCCGGGGCUGUCCAUGUUUUCAGACCUCAAGCGGCCGUGUUCCGAGAAAUAUCGAACGUGCCUCAACCGGCGAGAACGAUCGUCGAACCUAGCAGGGUCGUUCCCGCAGAGGCUGCGGGAACUUCAUCAACGAAUCCCGCGGGUCCCUCAAGCUUCGACAAGCUCCAGGACAAACGAGCGAGGAAUCGCAUCGCUGCAGCGAAAUGUCGCCAGAAAAAAUUGGAUCUCAUCGCCGAACUCAAGGAAUCCAUCGCCAGACACACAUCUGGGACAUCCUCCACGCUGCAGGCAUGCGCGACAGCGUCGGCGCACGCUGGAGGGCUCGACGGUUCAGAUUCCAACGCGAGCUCUGAACCUUCAGGAGUGCCCAGCACAAGCGCAGAACCUCCAUCGGUGGCGGGGACAUCCAAUGCGACUCCCGCACAAUCUUCGCAGAGCGCCAGACGGAGAUCUGCCAACCUCACUACUCCUGAGAAGCUCGAAGACAGGAGGGCGAGGAAUCGCAUUGCGGCAGCCAAGUGUCGCAAGAAGAAACUUGACCUGAUCGCUAGUCUUCAGCAUCAGAAAGCCCUUCUGGAGCGAGGGCAGAGUGUUUCGAGUAUCGAGAGCGAUGAGUCACAGGAUUAG